AUGACGACAACUGAAGAAACAACUGGGCGUGGAAUGCUCAUUGUCGUCGAGGGCUUGGAUAGGGCAGGCAAGACCACGCAAUGCCAACGACUAGUCGAGAAUCUCUCCAAUGAUGGUCAUCGAGUAGAGUUCAUGCGAUUUCCUAAUCGAACAACGCCAAUUGGACAGAUGAUUGAUGGAUACCUGAAAGCAAAUUCGGAAGUGCCUAUGGAAGAUCAUGUGAUUCACCUAUUAUUCUCGGCGAACCGAUGGGAAGCAUCCGAGAAUAUUCAAAGGCUGAUAGCCACUGGUACUACCGUUGUUAUUGAUCGGUAUUACUACUCUGGCUGCGUCUAUUCUGCAGCCAAGGACAAUCCUAAGCUUAAUCUGGCGUGGGCACGACAACCAGAUGUGGGCCUCCCUCGGCCUGACGUUUGUGUCUUUUUAGAUCUCUCUUCUGAAGCAGCCGCGGAGAGGGGUGGGUUUGGCCAAGAGAGAUACGAAACCACUAGGAUGCAACAAAGAGUGAGAGAACUCUUUCAGGAAAUGGCAAAGUCUCCUGAUGCGGACGACUUUGUCAUCAUUGAUGCUGGCGACGCUGUGGAGAAGGUAGAGAAGAAAAUUAUCGACGCAGUGAGUGGGCGACGACAACUCUCCAAUCUCCGUGCUCCCCUGCGAGAAGUACUUCCUUGGAGUUGA